AUAGCCUGCAGUAUACUUGAGUCUUAUGCCUUGCCCUUUAUUCAUGGAUUCAUCAUUCAGAAUUUAGGAGACGACCACCUCACAGCAAGUAGCACUUCUGAAAUCAUUUUUCUUGUUUGAAGUACUUGCGUUAGUGGAUUAUAGUACUUAAGCCAUGAAUGUGAUACGGAGUUAUACUUUAAAUAAGAAUAGACUAUGUCCACAGGUUUGCUUGCCACAUUUUCAUUGGAAAAAUCUAGUUGACUGGGAGACGUACUUAGAAGAACCACAACAAACAUGAAAACAGGGAACUACUGUUGCACAUAAGCUCAGUAACAGUCUUCAGUGCAGAUUUUGUCUGAAAGACUGUUGCUGUGAUAAGGCAAGUUAAAGAGGAACAAGUUAAAUUUGAUUUAAGUUGUUUGACCAUUUGAUUGUAACAUGCAUGACUUCACAAUUAAGAAUUAAGGCUUUGUAUGUGAUGGCUUGUCAAUUGAGUCUCCCCCUACACUAAGAAAUUAUUGCAGAGUCACUGUUAGCAUAGCACGUCAGCUUUGCUUUUGGUAACAUGGAGCUGUUGUGCAAGUAGAUCUCAGAACUGCGUGUUUUCCAGCACCAUUUCCAACUGCACAGACACUGUGGAUGGCACACUGUAGGCUGUGGUGGCGGUUCCCCUCUCUGCCUCCUUUCCCCCACUCUCCCAGGAGAGUUCUCUGAUGAAGAAGAUCCUACAAACCAGUUAAGCAUGGUCUGAGCGUGUGGGAUAACCAGGACAACUGACUAACAACGCAGUUCUGUGCCUGCUGUGGUGUAAACUUGUUUGGUAACCCCUUUCCAUGGCCUAGGCAGAAAGUCCGCACUGAUCCGUCCAGAUGGGUGUUUCAUUUUAAGGUGUUGACACAUGCACCUGUAGCAGAGCUGAGUGCUGGCACAGAUUCACAGUACAAGCAAAUUGUACUGUUUGUUUGUCCUCCAGUGCAAAGACCAGAUCACAGCACCACCAGGCUAGGAUGAGCGUUCUCAAUCUGGUGAUUCCUUGUUUUCACUUCUUGAAGCUUUUCAGGCUUUGUCUCCUAGGAGAGAGGGAGAACCUGAGAGGCAGAGAAAACAUAAAUUUACAGGAGCAAACCAUUAAUGAAAGUACACCUCUGCUUUGAAUACCACCUGAAAGUCAUCCAGAGUGCAGCUCAGGGUGGGACUGGGAAAAACACCUCGUGUACCUGUUGGUAUUGUUUCACAGUUUCUUCAGCAGCAGCAGAAAAACCUGGAUUAGUAAAUCCUCAUUUGCUUGUUACCUGUUCCUGGCUUUCUGAUACAGUGCUUCACAUGUUUGCAGGAGAAUUAUGAGCAGGACAAGGGGGCAAGUCUGUGCAGGCUUAGCACCUUUCAAGACAUUGACAUGGUGUUUGAAUAUGUAGGUUUUUAUAUUCUAGUGGUUGUUGGGACUGUGUUGGUAGCAUGGCUGUUGUGAUUAAAUGAUUUGACAAUCACGUACAGAACUUUGUCUGUCACAAGUACUUUUUAAAGAUAAACCUCCAAAACUAGGUGAGCCUAGGUCAGAUUCCUAGUAUAAAAGCUCAAGGUAGCCAUAACAGUAGGAAAAUAAGCAGGAGGGAAGUAGCUGAUGUAGUGGAAAUUGUCAGGCAAUAAGUCUGGAUAUCACAACCAGCUUAAUCCCAUGUAUAUAAAGUGUUUUUGCCUGCAGUUAUCUUUUAAGCUACACUCGUUCUGGCUACAGUUUUCAUAUCAUACAGUUUUGAUAUCAUACAGUUUUCAUAUCUGCAUCUAUUUGUAAAGUACUUAAUUUGCUGGUCACGAGCUUCUCUUACCUAUUCUGAACAAUAAGCACUUAUAAGCUAGACUUUUGAAAAGGUUUUAUUUUUAAGUAGGCCCUUAAGAGACAAAUAAACAGUGCUGUAACCCCAAACUAUGCUUUCAAGCCUAAUGUAGUGCAUGCUACGUCUUGGAAGGAUUGCUUUUCUUUAUGGAAUAUUUAAAGAUGUUCUGGGCUCUUCGUAGCCACGGUGCAGAGAAAGUCAUACUGGUGAUCAUUGUUUUCUGCAUUUUUCAGAUUGAAUUAUAAAGCACAAAUGCAUUAUUUACAAGAGGUUUUAAGGACAUGAUACUUAAUCCAUGCCAUAAUCAGAGCCCCAAGGAAGGAAAAGAUCUCAGUCACUCAGUCUUCUGGAAAAUUCGGACUAAAUUCACUGUCGAGUGCUGAGACUUGAAUUGAUUUCCAAUUCCAGUCCAUCCACUAGGGAUUUAAAUUUUCAUCUGUAUUGUUUUGGCUAAAUCCAGAGCAUGAUUUAAACUCAAACAGAAGAGGCUGCAAAACGCAGGAUGGAGGAAUCUCAGCUGCUGAGAAUAAUUGUCAGAGUGUAGAAGAAAGAAGUGUAUUCAUCAGAGAUGGAGGAGGAUACCAAGCCUCUCUUGAUUCCUGUAGGAGGUGAUGAAUGUAAUUAUGGAAUCAUGAAUAUACAGUUUAGUCCAGAAGAUUUUAAAUGCAAAAGACCAUUUCAUGUGGAGCCUACAAACAUAGUCAGCGCCAGUGAUGACAUGCAAAGAGUCUCUGACGAAGCUUCAGCAAUGAAUAAGCGGAUUCAUUACUAUAGCAGGCUCACAUCUCCUUCAGACAAGGCAUUGGUUGCUCCUGAUCACGUACUUCCAGCUCCUGAUGAAAUCUAUGUAUAUAGUCCAUUAGGAACUGCUUUUAAAGUUGACAGUUGCACAGAUGGCUAUGGUAAAAACUCCAGUAUAGUGACAAUAUUUGUGAUAUGGAACACAAUGAUGGGUACAUCUAUAUUAAGUAUCCCAUGGGGGAUAAAACAGGCAGGAUUUACUUCUGGAGUCAUUCUCAUCGUACUGAUGGGCAUUUUGACACUUUAUUGCUGUUACAGAGUUGUGAAAUCACGGAAAAUGAUACCUUUAACAGAUACCUCGAACUGGGAAUUCCCAGAUGUUUGCAAGUAUUAUUUUGGAUCUUUUGGUCAAUGGUCAAGCCUCUUAUUUUCUAUGGUAUCUCUUGUUGGAGCCAUGGUUGUUUAUUGGGUGCUUAUGUCCAACUUUCUGUUCAACACAGGAAAAUUUAUAUACAACUUUGUUCAUGAUAUCAAUGUAACAGAUAUUGUUCCAGGCACAAAUGGAAGUAACAAAGUCAUUUGUCCAAAUGCUGCUGGUGAUCACCCACCACAGAACCGGAGUGUGAUGUUCUCUUCUGGCAACAGUACAGGUUUUCAGCUCUUCGAAGAGUGGUGGAGCAAAUCACAAACAGUACCGUUUUACUUGAUUGCUGUUCUUCUACCCCUCCUAAAUCUGAAGUCUCCAUCCUUCUUUGCAAAGUUUAACGUCCUAGGUACGGUUUCAGUUAUCUACUUAGUUCUUUUGGUUACUGUAAAGGCUGCUCACCUGGGAAUCCACUUAGAAUUCAACUGGUUUACAGAGAAUGAAUUUUUUGUACCAGAAUUUAGAGUUCUGUUCCCUCAGCUCACAGGGGUUCUAACACUUGCCUUCUUCAUUCACAAUUGUGUCAUCACUCUUCUUCAAAAUAACAAGAAUCAAGAAAACAACGUGAGAGACCUCUCCAUUGCUUACUUCCUGGUGGGAUUAACAUAUCUGUAUGUUGGAGUGAUAAUUUUUGCAUCUUUUCCUUCUCCACCACUAUCCAAAGAAUGUAUUGAGCAGAAUUUUCUAGAUAACUUUCCCAGCAACGACAUCAUGUCUUUUAUUGCAAGAAUAUUUCUGCUGUUCCAGAUGAUUACUGUAUACCCACUGUUGGGCUAUCUGGCACGGGUCCAGCUAUUAAGACAGGUUUUUGGAACUGCUUACCCAAGUGUUUUCCAUGUGCUCGCUCUGAACAUAGCAAUUGUAGGAGCUGGAGUAGCAAUGGCAAGAUUUUAUCCAAAUAUCGGAGGUAUCAUAAGAUACUCUGGAGCAACGUGUGGUCUGGCCUUUGUGUUUGUGUAUCCGUCGCUCAUCUACGUGAUCUCCCUGCAUCGUGCUGGGCAGCUGACGUGGCCAGCAUUGAUCAUUCACGUCUUUAUAAUCCUCCUUGGACUGGCUAAUCUGAUUGCACAAUUCCUAUUAUGAAAACCCCCUUCUCCCUGUGGCUGUCACAAGUGAUACUGUGACAUUUGGCCACAGCCUUGAGCAACAUUAUCACACAUGAUAAUGAGAUCUUCUUCAGAAAAGCUGCACCUUUGAAAUAAAUUCAAAACACAUCUUCCAGGCACUUGAAAGAAAACCUGUUUUGUUCCACAAAAUACACAAUUUCGAGAUAAGUGAAGUAGUUCAAAUAUGAUUGGGGUGGUUCUGCUGUUGUUGAAUGUACAUCAAGUGUUAAUGAAGCUCAGAUAUUUUAAUUUUUUACAGCUAACUUCUCAAAACACUCAGCUUUCAGCCUUAAGCUGUAGAACUCCUCUUUCCUCUAAGAGGACUGUCCUUACCUUUAGUCUGAACGUGCUUCCAUGGUAUUGUUCACUAGCUGUUUGAAAUGUUCUUUUGUUGCAAUUGUUUUACUGUUUUGUUUGGAAAAUGAAGAAAUUAUUUUCUUCCUUUUCUUUCUUUCUUUCUCUUUUUUUAAGAAAGGUUAAUUUAUAGUCAUUUGGGUCAAAACGCGCUCUUCAUAUUGAAUAUGCUAUUAAAUUGGUUUGGCAACAUUCUUCCUGUAAAAAAAUUCCAACUACAAGAAACAAUAAUCUCAUAUCCCAGUGUUUUAUUCAGAACCAAUAUCUACACAAGCUAUUUGUGAUCUCAAAAUGAAAAACAUCAGGAGGAUGAAAAAAAAAUUAGAACAAGACUCAAGUAAAGUCAGAAUUCCAGGCUUGACCUCACUUCAACUCUUUUAACUAAGUGAAGUUGUCUUGUCAGGAGUUAUUAUGUAGUUCUAUGGGUGCAAGAUGCUUUGCAAGCUUGGUUUGUACUCCCUUGUAGGAUCUUAAUCUCACUGUGCUCUUCAGCGACAUUCAUUGCUACAGAUAUUUCAGACCUGGACACAGACAUUACAGGCAAAGCUAGUGUACCUUCACAUUGUGCAUUAAAGGGAAUAAUUUCUGUUUUAGUUGAUUCUUAAAAGAGACUGGAAGAAUUUGGGAAGGGUGGUGGUGUUUUGUUGUUCUUAUUACUGUUGAUUUUGUUUUGUUUUUAACUCCUUGUUUACCAACCAAGAGAGUGUGCAUAUGUGUGUGUAUACACCCUCCUUUACCUGAGAGUCUGAGCCCUAACCUGAAGUAUGUGCUUAUAGCAUAACCUUAAAUAAUCUGCCAUAUUUCUCUAGGGGAUAAUUUUGUGAAUUUUUUUUGUGUGAGUUUUUGUAGUGAUGAUGCAGAUCCAUUUGUCUAACAUAAACUUUUUAAACCUUGCAAAGGACACUGUCUUCCAUAAGCGUCCUUUGAUUUGUAUGAAACAUACAUAAUUAUUUCAGAUUCUCUUCUUUUUGUCUGUUGGAACUUUUUGUGCCUUUAAAUUGAAAUUGAAGAGUGCACCCACCAUCUGUUCUGUACUGAAAUUAUUUACACCUUCCUGGUCAUCUUCCUUGUGUAUUCUUAUUGUCCUGUACAUGAUUUCCCUAUUGCCUGUGGCCUAUCAGUCCACCCUUUCAGUGCUUCACAGUGAGUACAUCUGCUGCUGCUGACACCAUUAGUGCUGGCCUACAUAUUUGUUCUGCGGGAACUGGGUUUGGCUUCUUCCAUAAAAUUUCAGUUAAGCUGCUUACUUGAAUGUCUGUGCAGUCAUCACUGUAUGUAACUUGGUGCUGUGUUCCUUCAAUAUUCUCACUAGUCUAUUUCACAUAUCAAACCUUCUAUUUUUUUUUUCCUACCCAACAAACCUCCCCUUCCUUCUGACUGAUUUUGCACAUUUACAGUUCCUCAACUUUAACGUUGCUAUACCUCUAAAUUUACUUGGUAUAGAAGAGAAUUUGAACUUCAAAUUGAGAGUAAAAUAAAAUGUAGAAUCUCGAUCAUUGGCCUUAUUCACAUGAAGCUCGAGAGCUUAUUUAUUUUAGAUGCAGUGUUUCAUCUCGGUACAAACCUGGAUGACUGCAGCUACUCCAUCUCAUUAUAUUCUUCCAUGUUUCAUUCGGAUUUGACUCCAUGAGUUAAAUCAUUGCUGCUGAGGCUAAUAGUAAAUGUUCAUUGAUAUCAGCAAAAUUGAUUGCUGUUAUGAUCUAGUAGUUCAGCAGAAGCUCCCAGGUAAGACAGAGUUCGUGUUGAUACAUCUUAAUUGUAUCUUCUGUUUGUCUCUUUUCCAAGUGAGCAAAAUACAACCAUCUAAUUUGAUUAAAAUUUAGAGGGAAAAUAUCUGUACCUUCCUGAAAUCUGGGUUGCUUUAGAUCUGGGUUGCACAGGGGUUCUUGCUGCACUUCAACACCUUGAAUUUUAAGUUGAUGAGUAUUAAAGUGAUAGGAAAUAAUUCAUUAGACUAUCUCAAGUGAAAUGCAUUUUAUUAUGAAAAGUAUGUAUGUAUUUUUCAUUUUAUUACAUGCAGCUGGGAUAUUCACAAGUGUCAGAAUCCAUUCGGGAGUAAGCAGAACCAAGUUUUGAUUUUUUUUUUCCUUUGACAGCAACCAACAUCGUAAGUGAAAAAGUAAUAUUUUAAAAUUUGAAGGCAAGUUUAAUCACCUGAGAAGAAAAAAGCAGAUAUAGAUUGCAACGUCUCUUUUCAUGCAGGCACAGAAAACAGCAGACUUCAUCCUGCUUGCCCGUGUGACCUGCAGUGAUGGCCAGCUAAUUCCAAUUCUUUAUGUUUACUGUUCCAGUAAAUCACUGUGUGACUUAACAGAGCAGAAAAAAAUAGUAUAUUGACUCGGUGGUGCAUUGUGAAAUGUUGUUUAUUAUCUUUCCAUAGAAGAAGAAUAAAUUUUGAUGGAAAUAUUGAA